AUGUCUGCGGUGGUCGAGCUUGCCCCCCACAACUUUGCCCGCCACUCCAUGCUGGACGGUAUGGCUCGACAACAUCAUGGCUAUCAUGAGGCCUAUGCCCCACGAAAUGCAUACUAUCCACAGGAACAGCUUUCCCAGCAGUCAUCGCCGCAGCAGCAGCCACGCCUGCCGCCUAUGGCUACCAUGAUGGCGGCCGGUGUGCCGACCCACGCUUCUGCGUUGCCGAGUGGUCGUGACACACCAUAUUCUGGUGGGAAGCCGGGAUACUACUCUGAUUAUGCGACGCCAUCACCCGUGGGCCAGACGCCCCCUCAGCUCCCAGGCCCAAACAGUGACCCUCACUCGAUGUCGAGGCGGCCGGUUGAUAUUCGCCGCUCCCCAACCUUGUCAUCAACAGCCAGCGAUAGGUCGUCUGUUGACGAGGUCGCUCAAGAGCUGCGGUUAAGGCAGAUGAAUACUCUACGUGACCACCACGUUCAAGCACAAGUCCCGCGCCCGUACCAUCACCAACAGUCCCCGCACUCCCGGGGCGACUCGUUCCAUUACGAAAGCCCUACCUCACAGGUCAUGGCCAAGCUUCCUUCUGCCUAUCCGUUAGGGCCCACCAACCGCUCUGCUCAGCUACCGCCACCACCCAGUCCGCCGAGGACGUCGAGCGCUUCUCCGAGGCAGGAAACCAAGUCGAUGAGCAUCUCGAACCUCCUCAGUUCAGACAGCGGCAACGGGUCCGGGCAACAGAUUCCGCUAGCGGCAGAUUCCACGGCAUCGGAGUACCGGAUUUCUGUCAGGCAACAACCGUAUGCCGCGCGCAGCUGCGGUUUCGGCGAACGAGACCGCCGUGUGAUUGAUCCUCCGCCCAUUGUACAGUUGACUAUUCAUGACGAGACGCUCAGCCCAGAUGAGCAUAGCCGCCGCCUUCGUCACCAGUUUAGCGUGCUCCACUGCAGUAUUUGGGACGAGACAGGCGCCAAGGACAUGAGCAGCAUGCCAGAGGACUUUCGCCAGCAACGCCGGCUCAUGGGCACCCUCGUGGCGAGCCCGUUUGUCGGUCUCGACGAGAAGAACCAAGAAGGGUGUUUCUUCUGCUUCCCAGACCUGAGUUGUCGUACGCCGGGCUCGUACCGUCUCAAGUUUGCUCUGGUUGUGCUAGACCCAGCCAGAAUGCGGACCGGAGACAAGUCGGCCAUACUAGCUUCGGCUAUGAGCGAGCCAUUCCAGGUGUACAACGCCAAGGACUUCCCCGGCAUGACGGCUAGCACUCCGCUCACCAAGCGGCUCAAGGAGCAAGGCUGCCUGAUCAGCAUCAAGAAGGGAAACGAGAAA